AUGAUUUGUCGCAGUCCAAAGUUGUGGAUGACUGUGGAAGAAGAUGCGUUCCUCAGAGCUCUACUCCCUGAGUAUAUGAAAUCCAGUGGCCAAAGCACAUGUGCUAUCAUAAAGCAUAAGGAGGCUGUCAAGCAUUGGUUUAGAUGGCAGACAAAUUCUGCACAUCUUGCACAUUCAGUUAAGCAAAAGCACACAGAGGUGCUUGUAGAGUGGAAGCAUGAUCGUGAGCUGGCUAAAGUAGGGUUAGUUGAAGAACUCGAUGAUGAUGCAAAAAUACAAAGAUACAGAGCUUUUAAUAAACUGGGCUCACAUCUGGAUCAAAAAUUUUGUCAUCUAUCCUACAAAACAGGGGGACUGAAAUUUACCUGUAUUGCUGGUGGGUGUAACCCUAGUACAGGAGAGGUUAUGGCAGCCAACUUUCACCUGGGAGAAACUGACACAGGUGCAGAAUUCUCAGCCUGCUAUCCUGGAUUCUUGGACAUUCAGAUCACCUAUGCAGAUUUUGUAAUGGAAGCUGUUGACUUCUCAUGUGGCAACAACGGAGCACUCUCAGAGCCCACUGUUUCACCUCCCAUCAUGUCUCCAGCUGUAGCACACCACGAUGAGCUACCUAGUCUACCAGCAGUUCCAGAUAUACAAGCAGCUAUCCUCUGGCCACAACUAAUGUCUCCUCAGAUGCUAUCACCAUCACUUCUGAACAAGACAGCUGGUGGGGCUACCACUGGAACUGCAAUUGGCACAUCUGAUCAUCUCACUCCUUUGACUGCUGAGGGGCCAAAGGACCUCACUGUACAACAUGCCAACAUGUCCCAUCGAAACAUGGAUAGGCACUCAACAUCAUUGGGUCAUCGAAUACACAUAUCUGUGCUAUGGCAGGAGUUACAGAGAGUGAAGAAAAUGAUGAAUCUAAUUUCACAUCUAUGA